AUGUACAGGGGUAGAGGGUCUUAUAACCGUGGACACGGUUUUUUCGAUUCCAGCUCCGGGCAAAAUGAUGGUGUUUGGUACGCUCCAGAUAUGGAUGAUGACCAAGGGUACAGAAAUCAUGGUCAUAUGGGUUAUUCGAGUGGCUACGGGAACAGGCACGGUCACAGUAACAAACCAACAAAUUUGACAGUAUGCAGACAUCACGCUUUACUCGAUAAAUGUCGCUACGGUGCCAAAUGCGCCUAUUCUCAUUUGUUUAAAAGGGUUAUGAACAUGAUGGAUAUAUUUAGAGGUGGUAUUUGUUCUUGUACCGUCAAGAGAGCUAGCGAUCAGAGCUUGGACCUGUUUGCUUGUGGCUACGGUCCCUCGAUAAAGAGGUGGAAAUUGUAUGGAGAUGCUGGUGGUAAUAUCAAGUUAUCCAGCGGCUCCAAUCUCGUUAUUCCAAUGCCUGAAAACUACGAUUCAUCUGCUAAUCGUUUCGGCGGCAGAGGUGGCCCUGGGUACAAUUCUGGACCAGUUAUUCACAGCCUGGUUUGUAUAGAGGAUUUUUUGUUUUCUGGUCUAAAGACGGGGCAUAUUUGUGUUCACCAUUUACCCAGUGGGAAUUCGACAAUGUUAGACGGACAUAAACAUCCAGUAAAGUCCAUCACUGUUAUUGAUGGCAUAGUAUUAUCGGUUUGCGAAAGUGGCAAAAUAAAUCUUUGGACGUUUGAUAAUUCUACAGGGGCAUUCAAUUGCGUUAACUCACUUCUUACAGAGACUAGAGUUAACUGUCUUUUGGAAGUAAAACAAGAUGCUGCUAGGACACUAUGGGCAGGAGGCUCUACCAUUAAUAUUAUAGAGCUCGGAUCCUUGUCAAUCGCCAAGACAAUUCAGCUCCCCCAUGGCGCAAUUGUGCGAUGUUUCAAACUUUAUGGAAACCACGUUAUAGCUGGGUUUACUGAUGGUUCCGUAAGAAUUUACAAUCAUCUUGGUGAUGAAGUAUUCGCUACUGAAGGACAGCGUGCAGCGAUAACAGCUUUGGAAGGGAUGGAGGCUGCAGGCGGUGAUUCACUUCUUAUCGGAUACAAGUCUGGACUAUUAAUGGCUGUACAAUUACCCUCUUUCAACCUUUUGGGGGAGCUAUCUUGUCAUUUUGAGGGUCCAAAGAACUCGUCAAAGGGGGGGAUUAGCAGUGUGAUAUCUCUUGGUCCAAAACACUUUAUGACUAGUGGGUAUGAUGGAAAUAUAUCAAUUUUUACGUGGGAUACGUGA